AUGGCUGAGAGCUAGCAAGGAAAAUUCAGGACCAUGAUGGCUCAGUUUCCCACAGCUAUGAAUGGAGGGCCAAACAUGUGGGCUAUUACCUCUGAGGAAAGGACUAAGCAUGACAAGCAAUUUGAUAACCUCAAGCCCGCAGGAGGUUACAUAACAGGUGAUCAAGCACGUACAUUUUUCUUACAGUCAGGCCUGCCAGCUCCUGUUUUAGCUGAAAUAUGGGCUCUAUCAGACCUCAACAAGGACGGGAAGAUGGAUCAGCAGGAGUUCUCCAUAGCUAUGAAACUCAUCAAACUGAAGCUGCAGGGCCAGCAGUUGCCUGUGGUUCUCCCUCCUAUUAUGAAACAACCUCCUAUGUUCUCUCCAUUAAUUUCUGCUCGUUUUGGAAUGGGAAGCAUGCCCAAUCUAUCCGUUCCUCAGCCAUUGCCUCCAGUCGCACCUAUAGCAACAGCCUUGUCCCCUGCGACUUCAGGGACCACCCUUCCUCCCUUAAUGAUGCCUGCUCCCCUCGUGCCUUCUGUUAGCACCUCAUCGUUACCAAAUGGAACUGCCAGUCUCAUCCAGCCUUUGUCCAUUCCUUAUUCUUCUUCAACAUUGCCUCAUACGUCAUCUUACAGUGUGAUGAUGGGAGGAUUUGGUGGUGCUAGUAUACAGAAAGCCCAGUCUCUGAUUGAUUUAGGGUCCAGUAGCUCAACUUCCUCAACUGCUUCGCUCUCAGGGAACUCGCCCAAGACUGGGACCGCAGAGUGGGCAGUUCCUCAGCCUUCAAGAUUAAAAUAUCGGCAGAAAUUCAAUAGUCUUGACAAAAGCAUGAGUGGAUACCUCUCAGGUUUUCAAGCUAGAAAUGCCCUUCUUCAGUCAAAUCUUUCCCAAACUCAGCUAGCUACUAUUUGGACUCUGGCUGACAUUGAUGGUGACGGACAGCUAAAAGCUGAAGAGUUUAUCCUGGCGAUGCACCUCACUGACAUGGCCAAAGCUGGACAGCCCUUGCCCCUGACGUUACCUCCUGAGCUGGUCCCUCCGUCCUUCCGAGGAGGGAAGCAAAUCGAUUCUAUUAAUGGAACUCUGCCUUCAUAUCAGAAAAUACAAGAAGAAGAACCUCAAAAAAAAUUACCAGUGACAUUUGAGGACAAGCGGAAAGCCAACUACGAGCGGGGGAACAUGGAACUGGAGAAGCGACGCCAAGCCCUGAUGGAGCAACAACAGAGGGAGGCAGAGCGCAAAGCCCAGAAAGAAAAGGAAGAGUGGGAACGAAAACAGAGAGAAUUACAAGAGCAAGAAUGGAAGAAGCAACUUGAGUUGGAAAAACGCUUGGAGAAGCAGAGGGAAUUGGAGCGACAACGGGAGGAAGAACGGAGAAAAGAGAUAGAAAGACGAGAGGCAGCAAAACAGGAACUUGAAAGACAGCGUCGUUUGGAGUGGGAGAGAAUUCGUAGACAGGAGCUUCUCAAUCAGAGGAAUAGAGAACAGGAAGAAAUUGUCAGGUUGAACUCUAAAAAGAAGAGUCUUCACCUCGAGUUGGAAGCACUGAAUGGCAAACACCAGCAGAUCUCAGGCAGACUCCAAGAUGUCCGACUCAGAAAACAAACUCAAAAGACUGAGCUGGAAGUUCUGGAUAAGCAGUGUGACCUGGAGAUUAUGGAGAUCCGGCAACUCCAGCAAGAGCUUCAGGAAUAUCAAAAUAAGCUUAUCUAUUUGGUACCUGAGAAGCAAUUACUAAAUGAGAGAAUUAAAAACAUGCAGCUCAGUAAUACACCUGAUUUAGGGAUCGAUCUACUUCAUAAAAAAUCAUUAGAAAAGGAAGAAUUAUGCCAAAGACUUAAAGAACAAUUAGAUGCACUUGAAAAAGAAACUGCAUCUAAGCUAUCAGAAAUGGAUUCAUUUAACAAUCAACUAAAGGAACUGAGAAAAAGCUACAAUACACAGCAGUUAGCCCUUGAACAACUUCAUAAGAUCAAGCAUAACAAGUUGAAGGAAAUUGAAAGAAAAAAGUCAGAGCUAAUACAGAAAAAGAAACUAGAAGAUGAGGCUAUAAGGAAAGCAAAGCAAGGAAAAGAAAAUUUAUGGAAAGAAAAUCUUAGAAAGGAGGGAGAAGAAAAACAAAAGCGACUCCAGGAAGAAAAGACACAAGAAAAAGUUCAAGAAGAGGAAAAGAAAACCGAGGAGAAACGAUGUGAGCCAGCUAGUGAUUUAGUGAAUUACAGAGCUUUGUAUCGCUUUGAAGCGAGGAACCAUGAUGAGAUGAGUUUUAAUUCUGGGGAUAUAAUACAGGUUGAUGAAAAAACCACAGGAGAACCUGGUUGGCUUUAUGGUAGUUUCCAAGGAAAUUUUGGCUGGUUUCCAUGCAAUUAUGUAGAAAAAAUGCCAUCAAGUGAAAAAUCUGUAUCUCCUAAGAAGGCCUUACUUCCUCCUACAGUAUCUUUAUCUGCUACCUCACCUUCUUCUGAAUCACAGUCUUCAAAUCAGCCGGCAUCAGCGACUAAUUAUCAAAAUGUAUCUUUUUCAAACCUAACUGUUAAUACUUCGUGGCAGAAAAAAUCAGCUUUUACUCGCACCGUGUCCCCUGGUUCUGUGUCACCUAUUCAUGGACAGGGACAGGUUGUAGAAAACCUGAAAGCACAGGCCCUUUGUUCCUGGACUGCAAAGAAAGAUAACCACUUGAACUUCUCAAAACAUGAUAUUAUUACUGUCUUGGAGCAACAAGAAAAUUGGUGGUUUGGGGAGGUCCAUGGAGGAAGAGGGUGGUUUCCAAAAUCUUAUGUCAAAAUCAUCCCUGGGAGUGAAGUCAAGCGGGAAGAGCCAGAAGCUUUGUAUGCAGCUGUAAACAAGAAACCUACCUCUGCAGCCUGUACAGUUGGAGAUGAGUAUAUUGCACUUUAUCCGUAUUCGAGUGUAGAACCUGGAGAUCUGACCUUCUCAGAAGGUGAAGAAAUAUUGGUGACACAGAAGGAUGGAGAAUGGUGGACAGGAAGUAUUGGAGACAGGACUGGAAUUUUUCCGUCAAAUUAUGUCAAACCCAAAGACCAAGAGAGUUUUGGGAGUGCGAGCAAAUCUGGAACAUCAAACAAGAAGCCUGAGAUUGCUCAAGUAACUUCAGCAUAUGUGGCUUCUGGUUCUGAACAACUUAGCCUUGCACCGGGGCAGUUAAUACUAAUUUUAAAGAAAAAUACAAGUGGGUGGUGGCAAGGGGAGUUGCAGGCCAGAGGCAAAAAAAGACAGAAAGGAUGGUUCCCUGCCAGCCACGUUAAACUCCUGGGUCCGAGCAGUGAAAGAACAACACCCGCCUUCCACCCUGUGUGUCAGGUGAUUGCCAUGUACGACUAUGUAGCAAAUAACGAGGAUGAGCUAAACUUCUCCAAGGGACAGGUCAUCAACGUUUUGAACAAGGAUGAUCCCGACUGGUGGCAGGGAGAAAUCAACGGGGUGACCGGUCUCUUCCCUUCGAACUACGUUAAGAUGACGACAGACUCAGAUCCAAGCCAACAGUGACCCAGUGUUGCCUUCCAGUGGGAAAGCACCCCAGAGACCCACUAUCCACGUCUGAGUAGCGUGCGGGCAGGCGGGCAGCCCUGGUCAGACGCCUCCUGCCCUGCUCAUUAACUUCGCUCGAGUGCUAGAGCCACUUGUGGUCACUCCCUCGUGUUUCUCAUUCACAGUUAAAAUCUGUUUGUAACAAGUUACAGGAUAGUGGGUCUUUGUGUGGCUUUCCCCGCUGCUCACUCUGGCAUCCUUUAGCAUUUUUCUUCUUUUUUAAUUUGGUUAAUUGUAGGUCAUUAGCAUGCACCUUGCGUUUUUCCUCACGUGGUGGGAAUUCAAACACACAAAGACCCACUAUUUGCACAAACUGUUCUCCCGGGGGUGGGAGGGGCUGUCGUGCUUUCUAAUGUUGCUGCAGCUUGUGUACUGAUUACAGAAUUCAGAUAAAAUCUGCUGAUGUUUUGCUCUUACGUUUGAUCUAAUCCUAAUCACGGUGAGCUCUUAAUUGAUUCAAUGUGUGAUUUGCCCCCAAAUAUGUACUGUUUACUCUGUUACUUUCCAAUAUGCCACUCUUCAGUAUUUAAAUUUGUUCAAGGCCAAGAACUGGAAAUAACUUCUUAUCUAUUUUCUGUGUAUUUUGGGGUAGGAGCAAUAACACCCCUGGGGAGCUUUUCUUAGCUCGUAGGCGAGGAAGGGGAUGAGCCCCGGCAGUGUGUGCAGAGUGGGGUGCGUUCCAUCUGCAUGGGCCGCCCGGGAGCACACGCUGCGCCGUGGUGGUUCUCAGCAUCUUCGUGUGCUCUGGGUCGAUAGAGGUGCUGCACCAUGUCCUGCAGCAGGCAGCUGUUACCUCUUCAUUGAUGGCCCCAAAAUCAUUCACUUUUGGGGAAUGAAGGGCUCCCAUCAUUGACCACAAGAUAUGAAACCUUCCCUAGUUUAGGCAGAGCCUUUAUAUCUGCAAUACAUUUUAAGGUCAAAAUUCAUGGUAUCUGUUUAAUUAGGUGACCACAUAUCCCGAGUCACAAAAGGACACUGGUUCUUUGUGUAGGAAAGGACACAUUCUUCUUAGUGUAUUUAGUCAAGAUCAUAAGGAAUCCUUGAAGAGUUUAAAUGCCCCUGAAGCAGGCACACAGGCUUGAUCUAGUCAAGAAUGAACUUGAGUGAAGGAGAGAUGUGUGAGUUAGUGUUCCUCUGUGUCCGUAAAGCUGCUGGGGGCUAGAAGAUUGCCUUCACCAUCCAGAAUUCUCUGGCUACUCUGUGUUCUUCAACCACGUGGCUACUUUGGCAUAGGAUUUUACUUUUUCUUGGAUGGAAACACUUUAAAGAUGGUAAACAUUAUUGAAAACUAAUAAAUGUGAGAUUACUUAGCUGAAACAAAAAGGAGUUUUAGUGGGCAGUGUUAAAAUGUUUUGGGAAGUCAAUGACAAGUUUAUGCAAUUUAAAACGUUUACAAAUCGCAGUGCAAUCUACUGUUUAUGAAUGUCAGAGUGUUAGCAGGACGAGCACGCGCAUGGUCAGUCUUACUUCCUCACGGAGUUCUCUGAGAAGAGUGAAACAUGUUUCUGUAUCUUUGAGUUUAAGUUAAAAGCAUACUUGUGCAAUAUUUAUGUUAAUGUGCCUAUACAUUAUGAAUGAUUCCAGUCAUACAUUGCCUAAAUCAUAACUUCACAACACUUGAGGAAGAAUCAACAGUUCAGUUAUAACCUCACCAGGUUCGAAUGUCUGUCUGUGUUCCAAAGUCCUGCCCGUUACUGGGGCGUGUGGCGACAUGUCUGUGUGCUCCCUGGGGUAGGGAUUUGUAGUUAUCAGGCCACCGCAGUUGUUAGCCUUUGGCGUCAUUAUGAUACUUUUAUAAAGUGACAUUAAUUGGAAAGCAAUAAUAUCACUAUGUAGGUGGAGUAACAGACUUGUCACCUGCGUCACCAAAGGAGAGAGUGCAGAUAUUGAGUCCUGGUGAACCCAGCUGACGUCCCAUGCUGUACGGAUUACUUGGUCUUGCCUUAUCCCAUUCUGAACUUUCUGCUUUUGCGCCCAUUAGUUGGGUUCAGAUUAAAGACAGUUCCUUUAAGUCCAUUAUAAACCAUGAAGUUAGAAAUCAGAGCCCUGCUAAUUAGCCACACAAUUUGGUAUAACAUUUUCUCUUUAUAAUUACUUUUUUUGCAUUUGGACUUACUAAUAUACUGAUAAAUUAUUUUAAUAUUUCAAAGGUAUUUUAUAGUGCAAAUCAUCACUUUAACACUGACACAGAUUAUUAAGAAUGACAUUCAGGUAGAGUUUAGCAUCUGUACUCAAUUUGAAAAGAGUGUACUCAUCAGGUGCCUAUGGACUAAAUCCCAUGACACAUCUCAGCCGAAUGUCAGUCCGGAAAACAUAUUUACUGUAUUUACGGAAACACCUCUCCUUCUGUGGGUAUUUUGUUACAUAUUCAAGAGAAAGCUAAAAAUAAAGUAGGAUGACAAACAAUAACCUGACCUCCUUAGAAAUGCACGCGGUCCUUCGCAGCACCUCACGUUCAGCCGUGCGUUUCCCUACUCGGUACGGGGCAGCUUUCAGUUUGCUUAGAAAGCAACAUCGAAAGGAAAGCGUUUAUACGGAACUCAGAAUUUUAGAAUGGGAACACCGCUGAAUAAACCCAGGCCCUGUAGGAGGUAAAGUUUAUUUAAAAAUGUUAAGAUCUGAUAGUCCUUUUUAAAGUACGUGAUUAAAUCCGAUGGGUUUUCCAGCAGUGAAAAAAAUCAACUCUAAAACCAAAGCUGAUAUUUUAGAAAAUUUGAAAAUUUAAAUCAGCCCUACCCAUUAUAGAGUUUCCGCUAAAACUUUAUCUUAAAAGAGUCAUUUUAAAAUAACAGAACUAUUAAAACAACGUAACUGUAAUUUUAGUGUUUUAAAAGGCAAUGUGAGUACUGAUAGUUUUAAAAAAAGUGCGGGGAGGAAAAGUAGAGGAAGAAAUGCCAAUUCCACUCAAAGCUUUAUUUGCCAAAUUUCUUAGAAUGAAUUUUACCAAGUUACAAAUUCUUGUAAAUAGAAUCUGUACGGGAAAUUCUGAGAGACUUCUGCCUAACGCGGCGUUGUCGGAUGCUGCUGUGAUGCUACUGUAAUGUAAUAAAUUAUUCAAUUGUUGCAAAGUGCUGUUUUCGCCUUAAAAUUUUAUUUUGUGUGUCUUGAAAACUAUAGUAUUAAAGGUAUUGAGAUUUGUGCAAAUGCUGGGCACGCUUGGCAUGAGGUAAUCUGUUUUUAUUUUUACAAAAUUGUAAUAUAACUAUGCAAGUGUGUUUAUUAAAAGGACACAAAUGACA